AUGUAUAUAUUCUCUGGUCAAUGGAAGAGUCAACUCAGAGAAGAGAAAGACUAAAAGCUAUGCGAUUGGAAGCUUCAAAGGAGGAUGCAACUCAUAACAAAGAUCAUUCAGCUGUUAGUCUCGCAAACCCGUUACUUGAAUCCACAACUAACUCUGAAACUGAGGUGCAGACGGCUUCUCGAAGCUUUAGUUAUUACAACAACCCAAUGGCUGCGUAUUCCGGCAACAAGCAGAGGAGCCAGGCCAGCUCUCAGAUAUCACAGAAUAUUUCAUCCACUCCAAGUUUGCAGACCAAUGAAACGUUUCUCACCUUCCCUUCAACCCCAUAUAAACCAAUCGCCAAAUCCGCAAAUGCAACAACCACAGGGAUAUUAUGCAAGUUCUAAUCAUGCUUAUUCAUCUAACCCACCACAUAGUAGCUCUUUACCGAACCUGAGUUGGAGGGGCAAUAGUCCUCACCCUAGAGGUGUCGGUUUUCCUAGCCCGCAAACCCACUUCACCAGUGGUCCAAGAUAUGGGAGAGGGAGAGGCCGUGGGUCAGGACAGGGUGGAGGGCGAGGGCAGGGCCAUAAUCAUGUAUUGGCAGAAGAACAACUACCCGAUUGUUUCUUCAACAAGUCAAUGUCGGAAGACCCUUGGAAGUUUCUAGAACCAGUAAUUUGGAAGUCACUCAAAAAGCAGCGGCUUCCACCUUCUCUUGAUGCGAAAAAACCGAGAGUUUCAGAAUCUCAAAGACAGUCUAGUUCACAACCUAGCCUUGCUGAAAUAUUGGCUGCAUCUUUUAAUGAAGCUGCAGAGGAUGUACCAGAUGCUGAAUGAUUUUUCUAAGGUUUUGUUUGGAUUUGUUUAUGGAGGAUGACGUGAUGUGUAGACUUUGAAUUACAAAUCAUAGUCUAGGCCCUCUCACCACGGAUCCUACAUGCAAGCUGGAUAUCCUAAGGCUUGAUCGUUACUCGUUUAGCAUGAAUCAUGCACAGAUUAGUGUCCACGCUCUUCAGCAUAGGGGUGAGCAAAAGGAAAAACCCGACCCUACCCGACCAUUACCCUACCCGACCCGAGAACCGAUCAAACAUAAAAUACAGAACCGAUUCACUACCCUAAAUAUAGGGUCGGUUCCGGUCCAUAGGUCCAAGUCGGGUUUCACCAUGAAAAGAACCGAGAAACGAACCGACCCGACCCUAUUUUAUAUGAAAAAUUGGAACCGAUCUAAAUACCUAGGUACUUGGGUUCGGGUCGGGUUGGGUAUUUUUCAGUUCGGUUCUCGGUUAUUUUCGGUGCGGACCUAAACUUGCUCACCCCUACUUCAGCAGCCUCCCGGAGAGCAACUACAGCGGAGCUCGGAAAUCGUAGAUCUGUUUGAAAUCCUGUUAGCGAUUUCUCUCACGAGCCUCUGGAACCGAAGUUUCAUAAGCUCAGUACUCUUCGGAUACUUCUGGUAUCUCUCUAGGCCUGAAUCUUUGUGGCUUCUUUACACCUCGGGUGACGGAGCAGACUUCCAUAAUAGUCAGUGGCGGAACUAGCACAAAAAUUUAGGGGUAUCCCAAUUAAUUAGUUUUUAGACCACGGGUAUCCUUUGUAUAAUAGAGACGAAGUUGAGGGGUAUUUUUACAUUACGAAAACGGAGUUAAGGAGUAUUUUUACACUACGGAGACGGGGUUGAGGGGUAGCCCGUGCUACCCCUACUAACAUUCUAAGUCCGCCCCUGAUAAUAGUCAUUUUUCCACAUUAUAUCUGUGUAUACCUUUCCCGUUGAAUCUUUCUACACAACCAUUUUGUAAUAUUACUGUGAAUAUAAAAGCAUUUGAUGCAUAAAAAAAGAAUAUUUAGAUUAUCAAA